UACGACGUUUCCGCUGCUCCUUGAACGCCUCCUGACCUUUUACCCGGGACAUUACCGAGAGUCAGCCCUCGCGCCUGUCAUGCGUGGAAGUUAACGGUACCGUGUGUGCGUGUGAGUGUGUUAGUGACAGCCCGCUGCUCGUGACCCUGCUGGCACCGGUUACCGGAUCCGUUAACCGGUUAGAGGAGCAGCUCGCGAGUUAGCUCGCGGUCACAGUUAGCAGCUAGCGGUUAGCAGCUAACAGCUAACGGCUAACUAACAGAAGAUGGAGGAGUUUCUGUCGAGCUGCCGCCGAGCCGUGCAGGUGGACCAGUCAGGUAUCAGGGUCCACGUGGUUUUGGGUAACGAAGCGUGUGACCUGGACUCCAUGGCCUGCUCUCUGGCCUACGCCUACUUCCUGUCCAAGCAGGCUGCCCCUGGUGCCCUGUGUGUCCCGGUAUUGAACAUGCGUCAGUGUGAGCUGUCCUUGCGUCCUGACAGUGUGUGUGUGCUGAGAGAGCUGUCUCUGGCUCCGGACCUGCUGCUGUUCAGGGACCAGCUGGACCUGGGGGCUCUGCAGCGCGCCGGACGCCUCGCGCUAACGCUGGUCGACCACAACGUGCUGCCCAGUUCGGACCGCGAGCUGGAGGCUGCCGUGGUGGAGGUCAUCGACCAUCACCGGCUGGAGAGAGAGCCCGCCCCUUCCUGUCUGGUUACCGUGGAGACGGUGGGUUCCUGCGCCACGCUGGUAACGGAACGAAUCCUCCAGAAAGCUCCCGAGGUCCUGGACCUGCAGUCUGCUCAGCUGCUCUACGCAGCUGUAGUGCUGGACUGUGUGAACAUGGCUCCCUCUGCUGGUAAGGUGACCCCUAAAGACGAGCAGCUGGCAGCAGCGCUGGAGUCUCGUUUCCCGGCUCUGCCUCAGAGAGGAGAGCUCUUCCAGAAGCUGCAGGAAGCCAAGUUUGAUGUUUCAGGUCUGACCACGGAGCAGAUGUUGAUGAAGGACAUGAAAGCUGUUUCAGGAAGUCUGAACGUGGCCAUCUCUGUUCUCUACGUCCCACUGGAGGACUUCCUGCAGCGUGCAGCCUUGGAGGCGGAGCUCUCUGAUUUCUGUCAGAAGUUCGGCUAUGACCUCGUGCUGCUGAUGACCAUCUCCUUCACCGAGGGCAGCGAGCCAAUCAGAGAGCUCGGUGUGUUCAGCCGCAGCCGCGCCUGCCGGCGACAGGUGAGCGUCUACCUGGAACAGGCCCGUGACCCCGCCCUCAACCUCUGUCCAAUCAGCAGCCAGCAUCCUCACAUCACAGCCUAUCAGCAAGGGAACUCCGUGGCGUCCCGUAAGAAGCUCCUCCCCCUCGUUAAGGACUUCCUGGAGCAGCGGCACGGAGACGGUCGCCUGGGAGACGGUCGCCUGGGAGACAUGGAGGAGGAAGAGGAAGAAGAGGAGGAAGAGGAGGAGUCCCGGUUCCCCCCCACCCCGAUGAACAGUCUGGUAGAAGGCUGUCCUCUGGACUCUGGGCUGCCCCACAUCAGCCCUCAGGACCUGGAGGACAAGUUCAACCAGCUGACCCACUGACCUCUGAUGACCCUUGACCUCUGACCCACUGACCUCUGAUGACCUCUGAUGACCCUUGACCACUGACCCCUAAUGACCUCUGACCCCUGACCUGUGGGUCAUCGGUGUCUGUCAGGGGACACCUGAAGGUACCGCAGACACAGAUUCAAACACAUCAGCAAGUUUGUCAAAGAGGCGACUGGAUCACUUCCUCCUUCACACACACCUUCAAAAUAAAACACCUGGACCACUUCCUCCUUCACACACACCUUCAAAAUAAAACACCUGGACCACUUCCUCCUUCACACACACCUUCAAAAUAAAACACCUGGACCACUUCCUCCUUCACACACACCUUCAAAAUGAAACACCUGGACCACUUCCUCCUUCACACACACUUUCAAAAUAAAACACCUGGACCACUUCCUUCUUCACACACACCUUCAAAAUAAAACACCUGGACCACUUCCUCCUUCACACACACUUUCAAAAUAAAACACCUGGACCACUUCCUCCUUCACACACAUCUUCAAAAUAAAACACCUGGACCACUUCCUCCUUCACACACACCUUCAAAAUAAAACACCUGGACCACUUCCUCCUUCACACACACCUUCAAAAUGAAACACCUGGACCACCACUUCCUCCUUCACACACACUUUCAAAAUAAAACACCUGGACCACUUCCUCCUUCACACACACUUUCAAAAUAAAACACCUGGACCACCACUUCCUCCUUCACACACACCUUCAAAAUAAAACACCUGGACCACUUUGCACAUGUGCAAAGAGAGAGAGACAGAGAAAGAGAGGGAAAAAG